AUGUCCACUCCUGUUGCAACCUCAAACGGCCCUCAAUCUGCCACCGCCCCAGUGGCGGCUGCCACCAUCCCUCGAUCAGCACAGCGCGAUACAGGAAACAGCAAGUUGGGAACAUUUGGGGUCAAAUCAGGCUUGGCUCAAAUGCUCAAGGGAGGUGUCAUCAUGGAUGUCAUCAACCCAGAGCAAGCACGCAUUGCCGAGGAGGCAGGGGCGUGUGCUGUCAUGGCACUCGAACGUGUUCCUGCAGAUAUUCGCCAAGAAGGCGGUGUUGCCCGCAUGAGCGACCCUGCCAUGAUCAAGUCCAUCGUUGACGCCGUCACCAUCCCAGUCAUGGCAAAAGUACGAAUCGGUCACUUUGUAGAAGCCCAGGCCAGUCCCUAUCUUCAUCCCAUCGGCAUAGACUACAUUGAUGAGUCUGAAGUUCUUACUCCCGCAGACAAUGAACAUCACAUCAACAAACACAAUUUCAAAGUGCCUUUUGUGUGUGGCGCCCGUAACCUCGGCGAAGCCCUUCGCCGCAUUUCAGAAGGAGCUGCUUUCAUCCGGACAAAAGGCGAAGCCGGCACCGGUAACGUCGUCGAGGCAGUGCGUCAUCAACGCUCAGUCAUGAGCGAGAUCAGAAAGGCUAGCGUGAUGAACGAAGAAGAGCUGUACGCAUAUGCAAAGGAGAUCCAAGCCCCGUUCCAUCUCCUCAAGGAAACAGCCCGCCUAAAACGGUUACCCGUCGUCAAUUUCGCUGCUGGAGGUAUCGCCACGCCUGCUGAUGCAGCACUCAUGAUGCAGCUGGGUUGCGAUGGAAUUUUUGUCGGUUCUGGCAUCUUCCACUCUGGCGAUCCGGCCAAACGGGCACGAGCCAUCGUGCAAGCGGUGACUCAUCACAACAACCCCAAGAUGCUCGCUGAGGUAUCCGAAGAUAUCGGUGCUCCUAUGGUCGGUCUCACGAUCGAUGAAAAUUUGAAGGGGGGCAGACUCGCUUCCCGUGGGUGGUGA